GUAAAUUUUUCUCUCCAUCAGCAACUGAAAUGCACUGAUGGGCAUCUUUUUCAAGAGGCAAUCGUUUUUAUCGAAUUGAUUUUAUUGUGUUUGUGCAACGAUAAUGUGAAUCGCGUAACAUGCCUAGACAAGUCAAGUGUUCGGAAUCAUUGGCAUCUAGUGGUGCUCCGUUGGGAAAGCGUAGUUCCAGCAGCCUCAUCCGGUCCGAUAACACCUCGUCCGAGGACGACAACGAUUUGCUGUUGGUGAAGAAAUUCCGCUCGGAGCUGAACAUCGCCGACAAUCGAAGCUGUCGCAGGCUCAAAAACAUUACCAAUACGGUCGAUCAGCUGCCAGCAGCAGAAGUGGUCGAAGUGGCUCGAAAAAAGCGUAAAGUCGGACCGAAAAAGGAUGACUCCAGAGAGGAAACUGAUCGCCGGACGCCGAAGUGCGCUAAGGUCGCCGGAGAAGAUAGGGAAGUGAUUGACGAGAGCAAGGAGAAAUUGCGCUACGUUUUGGGGAAGCACUACUUCGAUGUGGGAAACCGGGUGAGUCUGUAUCAUGUUCCGGGCUGCUUGAAAAACGUUGACCGCUGUGAGAAGCUCCAUGCCCAGCGGGCGAACCAGGCCAGGAGGGUGAAUCAACGGAUCCAACAAGACACCAAGGAGCUGCUGAUCGAAAACCGGCCAAUGCACUUUUUGGAUUAUCUGGAGCAAGCCAUGUUGCGUAACGAAUUCAUUGAUUCGCAGCUUUUCAUCAAAGCGUUGGAGUUGGCGUUGACCAUCAACGAACCGUCGGAUCAGCUAAAGGUCGACUAUUCGGUCAGAUCGUUGCUCGAGCAGAUCGCGGACAUCCUGGAUCGGACGGUGGAUCAGUUCCCGCCCUGUUGGUUGGAUCUGAAGCGGGCCUACCACGGCAUAAUGUUCGGCAAACUGGAGGAGGAUUGCUUCGCCAAAUAUGACCGAAGUGAAGGUCUAUUCAAGGUGGUUAUUUUCUUACUGGAACGGUGCGUCGAGAGCGUAAGAGGUAAAUGUAGAAGCGUCAAUGAUGUGUCCCGAACCAUGACCAUCAAAGAACGAUCGAUGGCCAAUUACUACCUAUGGGAGCAGGAGAACAAUCAAAAGUACGAUUAUGAUCUUCUCGAGCGUGACGACAAGCUGGAACGACUGUUUCUAGUGCUGCAGAUUUUGGUUAAAAUUUUGGAAUCCGAUUUGACUAUGUGGAUUUUAAGGCAUCCACACAACGUUAAGGAAAAUAUGAUCCAUCCCAGCAGGAAGCCCUUGAUUGCGAGUCUGCUGUGGCACGAACAUUCCAACGUAGGUGAAGUAAAUUCCCUCAUAAAGCGUAUAAUUGCUCUCAACGUAAAUGUGACCGCCGUCCGCUAUCCGGAAGAUAUCAUUCAGACGCUUUCCCGCCUAGUAUCCCUCACGGGUACUGCCAUCAACUUGACCGAGAUCCAGUACGACGGGACCAUCGAGUAUCCCUGCAUCAAGGACAACACUCGAUACUUUUCGCACCAAAUCUGGCGCCAUCUGGAUGCCUCCAACUACUACAGUGUGUCGCUUUGUUUGCGUUCGAUCGAACAAAUGCGUUCACCGCUGUUGCGUAUGAUUUUGGCCAGCGAUUUCAUUCGGAAGCUAACCCUCCAACAAGCGGACGCUCCUUGCGUUGCUUUCUACCUGAAGCAUCUAGUCGAAGGCAAGUGGAAAGAAUUCCGGUCGGAUAAUCCUCCGGAGCCAGUCUCUCCCCGCGAUCGAUUCCCAUUCCUGGAUAAACGAAAGCAACGGAAAGUGGCUCACGACAUUGGCCAACCCCAGUUCGUAGAGCUACUGCUCGUCGCCUUCCGUGCCUACAUGGAGGUCUUCAGUCUAAAGUCCUACUUCCAAAAUUUGAAAUCACCGUCGGAACCGCAAGCUUCACGGUCACCAACCAGAUCCGGAAGAAAAUCGACUGAUUUGGUGGAAACCCGGAGAAAUCCAAUCGAUUUUGAAACCAUGGAGAAGAACAUUAACAAUCUGUCCAGAAGCUUCGUCCGCACAGAAACGACCAUUGUACGCCAUUCGGCAGAAGGACCAACCUCCGUUCCUUUGAUGCUGGAGGAAAUCAGCGUGACGAAGACGUUGAUGCUUCGCUACCGGGACGAUGUAAAGCAUCUUCUGCUGAUUAAACGCUGGCUCCAGACCAAGGCCAGUGCGAGGGAAGAAUAUCGAAUACUGUUUAAGCCCUGGAGAAGCUACCUGGCCACGGUCGAUGAAACGUUGGUCUGUGAGUAGGACCGGGAGGGAUUUUCAUUUAUCGUUGUAAUUGUUGGUGCUCAUUGCGCUAUGAAUACAGGAUGUUUAUUUUGAUAUCAUGAAUCGUUUUGGAUUGCGUAGGUUCCUUAUCGGAGAGAACGCCCUGCAGUUGUCGUUCGUUCUUGAGUGGGUGGUUGGGUACUUUAUAGAUAGUGCGAUAUCGCUCAGGACGGAAUGCACCUUAAUGUAACCGCGAAUUGCUUCGGCUUGGGUUACAUUUGAGUCUGUUUGUGUAAUGAGUUAGAAUCGGUGUAUAAUGAGUCACGCCGAGAGUGAAGCC